AUGGCGCAGUACGGCAAGGCGAGCUACUGGGACGAGCGCUACACCAAAGACUCGGAGCAGUUCGACUGGUACCAGCGCUACGGCGGGCUCAAGGAGCUGCUGAACCAGUAUGUCAAGAAGACGGACGCCAUCCUCAUGGCGGGCGCCGGCAACUCGCGCCUGUCGGAGGAGAUGGUGAACGACGGCUACCAGAAGCUCAUGAACGUGGACGUGUCCGAGAUCGUGGUCAAGCAGAUGGCCGCCAAGUACGAGGACCGCGUGGAGCAGCUGCAGUGGCAGAAGAUGAACAUGUGCUCGCUCGACUUCGCCGACGAGACGUACGACGCCGUGGUGGACAAGGGCACGAUGGACUCGGUGCUCUGCGGCGAGGGCUCGACCGCCAACGUGGCCAAGAUGUGCCAGGAGAUCCACCGCGUGCUCAAGCCGAACGGCGUCUACUUCAUCGUGUCGUACGGCGUGCCCGACAACCGGCUCAGCUACCUCGAGAACAAGGAGCUGCAGUGGAAGGUCACGGUGCACACGGUGCCUAAGCCCACGGUGAGCGCCGUGCAGGUCUCGGAGGCCGACGCCAACGCCGCGCACUACAUCUACGUGUGCCAGAAGGGCGUCAAGACGGAGUAACGUUAAGGGUGCGGCGGACGGUUGGGUUGGUUGGAGCAAGGCUUUCCAUAAUAUAUCGACACUCUCACGAGCGACAGCGAGAGACGAGUU